CACAUGUCUGUCUCACAUUGACCGUUGACUCUGCAGUCACACCGUUUGUUCGUGACUUUCCCCGACGCGGGACAAGUAAUGUUUAAGCUUGCUUGACUGUGUGUGGGCAUGCGUGGGUGAUUACAGUGGUAUUACCUGCCCGCCUUUAUUUUUUCCAAUUCAAACACUCUUCUAGGGCUCCCAUCUCCUGCUUCUUACGCUUUACUGCUUUCUCGUUUACGUUUCGAAUUUCGGCCCUGAUCCUAUCGGUAACUCCAUCCUCAUUACUCUCUGACAGGCCUAAUUUUCAUCUUCACUUUCCAUUUCUCUUUCGUAGCCUGAAGUAACAUGCCUACCCUUUCGCCACUCCAGUUUCUCCUAUUUCUGUGUCUACCACCGAUGUCGCUGGUUGGUAACUCUGGCCUUCUCAGGUCUGCGAAGUCGUUCCACAGUCAUACAUAUACUACCAGACACAAGGGAACCUAAACAGAAAUUUUUCAGUGUUAGGGGGCGCUCACCGAUCGUUCAUACGGAACUCACUCGUUCCGUUGUGCCUUAAGGGCUCUCUCUCGAGCCCAACCAGCAGCCGCACAGCGGCGCAUGAUAUAUAGGCAGAAUGAUAUUACCGACAAAGACAAGGGAGACUGGAAUGGCCAUUUCUGGCCUAGAAAUUUUUCAGUCCAGUUAAACGGUAUUCCUGUUUAGAGCUAGAGACUAGACGGAAUGCAAGACUACGGUCAAGUGUCAAGUGUGCGUAACCGUAUCGCUUCUGCUGGCGUCAACCGACUUUGUAAUGUUAGGUUUGUUAAACCUGCACACAGUCGUUCUCCCUCUUUUACAGAGAAGUAUGCCACUUUAAGUAGCGUUAUCAUCAGAUAUUCGUCAAGGUUGAAUUGGGUAGUCUCAUACCACAGGCAACGUACUCGAUAUUUUUACACAUUAGCCUUUUUAUGCAUUGCGCGUCUUUGUACAGGUGCCGUAGACUAGGCAAGAUGUUACCUACAACACACAUGACAGGUCUUGCACUCAGCUCAGCUGCGCCAGCACCAUUGCCUAGAUGAUAGUUUCGGUCAUUUUGAAUGACUUAAUUCUUGUUUCUGUGAUUGAAAUGCUGAAGUUCAUAUCUGCUCAAGAUCCGGUUACCUGUUACAUUUAGGACAUGUGGGCUCAAACACGACAUUUCGGCCGUCGGGAACGACGGUGGUGGCAUGGCGGGUUCAGGGAUGGUGAAUUGCGCGUGAUUAGAUUAAAGUGCUAGUGGACUUUCGAGGUAUUUACCUCACUCUAUCCUCCCUUACCCUUCUGGACCCGGUGUCCUGACAAAGUCAGGAAGACCGGGGGGAGAGCGCAAUAACUGACAAGGUUAAGCAGCCCGUUUACGUGUGCCCCACAUACCCGGUCCGCGCGCAAAUUACCGGCUUUUUAAAGAAAUAAGAGGGCCUGGGCCCUAAAAGAGCGAGAAUGCCAUGGAGACAAUAUUAAGAAGGAACCAUUACAGCCUGACUUCUCGUCCAGAAGGGCCGAGUGAUCCCGUUAUCUAGCAGCAUUUCAAGCCACGGCUUUAAGGACAUCGUGAUAGUUGAAAAACGCGUUGAUUGCCGUUGUGGGCGGAGCUCACAGAGUCGACCUUACUUUCUUUUCCUUCUCCCAAACACCAGUCCACUGUCUAUCGCUCUUUCUUGAUCUUGCUCAGUUCCUUCACUUUUGGCUGUCGUGGCUGCUUUAUAGUGUCCGUCGAUUUUCUGUAGGCCACUGACCACAAUUAUUUAACUGAAGCAAUUUUUCACGUUUUAUUUCCGAGAGAAUCCCUUCCAAGUUGGAUUAAAAAGACUGCCUAAAGAACAUAUUGUUGUUACUGUGUUGCGGCUUCUCAAUAGAGUUUGAUGCACCUCGCACACGUAAAGCUAAUCUUUACACUCUUCGCUCUAGGUGCUCGCCUACUCCAUUCAGAAGUCUGACAUGGAUCUCCGACGCCUCAUGUACGAAAACAUAGUUCUUUCUGGUGGAUCGACUUUAUUUAAAGGUACGUCUCGAAGAAGUUAAGUAGUCGCCUGCUUUUUUGGCACUUCUAAGUAUACUCGCUCUUAACUUUUGAGGAAAAAUCUCCAUUUAGUCGGAAACUGGCCGAAAUUCAUCGACCAAAACUCACAUUUGAUGAUAAAUGACUCUCGUUUAAAUGAAAAGUCAAAAGAAGUAUUAUAAGUAAUAUUACGCCGCCUAAGCAAUGGCAUUUUUUAAAAAGAGUGAAACUAUCGAGAGCGCGAAAAUUAAUAUCAAAUGAGCAAGACUUAUUUCGUUGAAGUGCAUUGGGUCUGUCCUUGCAAGCAAUUAGGCAAAUUAAACAGCGCAAAUACAACACUUAAAAAAAUCUUUGAGGAUAGUUAUCAGAGUAAAUAUCCCCCAAGAAUUAGUGUACUAUGUAGCAUGGCAGCUAAUCGGUCGCUUGAGGCCGGAUUCUGUGUUUCCAAGCGGCAUUAUGAGAAUCCGAUAUAAUUUUCUGUUUUUGCAUUCUUCGAGUCGUUGCCAACUAAUGCGAUGAGGAUCUCGCCUAAUUUGGCAGAUAGGGACGUCACAGACAUAAAAGCUUUCGUAUGGUCUUACGUCGAGAUGUCAGCCAGCAACUGAAACAUUUGACUGUAGUUGGAUGACGAUAGAAUAUGUCGCACCACCUGGUCUCUGCUUAUGUGAAAUACCUACUUAUGUCUUUUGAGUAGGUUUAGUUUUAACACUCGCUCAUUCCUCGCCACGCCUACCUCAAGGACAGACUCGGCUUGGGGUUAGGGGCUUGCGGGUUAGGGUUAGAGCUAGGAUUGUCGUAAGGGUUGGAGGUUAGGGUUAGGGGAUUAGGCUUAGGAUUGGACUUUAGGCCUAGUUUUAGAGUCAGGAGUUAUGCUUUAAGCAUUGUUGACUUCAGUCGCGACAAUCACGAAAGUUUGGGUUAGCGAUACAUUCUUCUCACCUUCUUCCGUGUGAUUGGUCAUUAGGGGCAGGGAUCAGUCCGCCUAAAUCAAACCAACGCCCUCGAUUUUCACUCUUCCUGUCUGCUCACAACUGUCGAUUUCCGGUAUUUCAAAUUUUUCAAUCACACUUUCACGCCUAUUUAAACAGGCUAAUGGCAUAAAGAGAAUUUUUUACUUUCGCCCCCGGUUUUUUCUAAUUAUAACUUAUUCGUUAGCGUUUUGUCUAUUCUGAUUUACGCGGUCAGAAAAGUUAAGUUUUAAGUUGGCGACGGUUGUUUUGAUAAUUUUCUCUCAUUUAGAUUAAUGGCCCCUGCCAGAGAAACACACACAAAUACGCAGAUGUGGCCCAUGUCAAAUAACCUCGUUGAUCGCCUGAAUACAGGGCGGCAUUGAUUUCAGCCAAAAUCAUAAAUUAUUUCUUCGAAAAUGGUGUUCAAACAUGUUCUGCACGAGGAAAGGCUUUUUCCGGCACAUGCUCAGUUAAUAUGUAAAAUACACGACGUUCGGGGUGCCUCGAGCUGAGCACGUAGAUUUCGGCUAGCAUGUUUCAUGAAUUACGUCACCGACUGUACACGGGGGAGUGUGAUGUGCAGAGUAUUCAGAAAAAGGGCACGCCUUUUUGGACUAACGGUCGCUCCGACGGCUGCACACAGUCUUCAUCUGACACUCAGUUUUCACUAGGGACUCCGCGAAUCUUCACAAUGCGAAACUGUCACACCGGUUAAGCACUUAGAUAGAUCUACUAAACUGGACGAGGGUAACCGGCGUGGGCCCUAUCGAGUGAGACGGGAGAUGGGAAAAGGGGUGAAGCCGACCCUGGAAAUCGCCUUUCCUUGCCAUAAGCGAUCUGGCGAUUUUUGACUGUCAUGAUGUCCUAAAUGUCCCCGGUUCGAAUGCGGCAAACUAACGGCCUCACUAUUUUGUCUUCGAAACGUUAUCCUGGACAACCAGAGGACAACCACCGUUAACGCUGAAGUAAUACAAACCACUCCCCCUGACCAUACAUUCCUUUUUCGCAAUGACUUGGUUGGGCACACGCGAAUCUUUUGGAGGUCGGCCAGAAAACCUUUACCAUGAGUCUCAACAAAUGCAGUUCAGGUUCGCCGUAUCCGCUAGUACCUUCAGGCCUUGACAUGUACCCAUUUGAUCUGCUGCACACCUACACGAAAGCGAUCGUUAAAGCCUUACUCAUCAGUCGUACAAGAUGCCUGCAGUGUGGUUUGCGAACGUUGGCAACGAAAACUGACUCAUCACCGGUGCGGAUGUUGGCGCGGGGCAUACACCAGACGGGCGCUUUAUACUGCACCAGUAAUUGGGCCAAACCGCUUUAUUCCCAGUUGGCUUGUCUGUGAUUUGUCACUGGCGAGCGAGCAGGCAAGGCGAGCUGGGCGACUGUAACCUGUAUCUCCUGCUUAACUUCGUCCUUAUAACAAAAAGAGGCGCCCUUAAUUAACCAUGUAUUCACUUAGGGCUGUGGAUGAUUUUAGUCUCCCUCGAUGCUUAUUGAUUCUUCUACUGCAAUGAAGCAGACUUUGCUGGAAAGAUCGUCCAUCGCAGAGUGCAGGCCCUGCGAAAGUUCCACCGUCGUUGCCGACGAUGUCCACCGUUUGCUCCACAACAGGGUGAGAGCAGGGACGGUGACAUGCGCGUGAGUUAGUUUAUGGUGAUAGUAGUUUUGUGCAGCAUCCGCCGCAGUCUCUCCUUCCCCACCCUGGGCCUGGUGUCAUGACAGAGUCAGGCAGACUGAAGGCGGCAGAAGGUGCAGGUAGCUGGUACGGCGAAAACCCGCGCUUAGGCAUACUGCCGCACCGUUUGGUCCACAACUUACAUUGACCAGAAUUUUUUACGAAAAAAGGGGUGGCAUGGACCUGCAUUUGGGCCUGCCGCCACAUCCCGAAAUGUUGGCAUUUCUUAUCGGUGCGCAUCCCAAAUAACGCCGGCCGGACUCCGAUCUACAUCCUGUGUUGGUCCAGCGCAUCUACCGCGUGGCCCGUUUUAGGGGCAUGCAGGCCUCAUGACAGUUGGAGCGUCGUGACCGACUGUGUCCACCGUGCGCUCCACAGCAAGGUGAGGGCAGGCACCGUGGUAUAAUCCAUCUAGUGUUAUCUUCCUUGGCGCAUAGGCUACAGCUCACAAAUGCUUUUUUGCGAUAGGGGUGCUUUGACUUACAGCCUUUGACUUACAGCUUUGCCGUCAUCUUGGUGGGUAAGACAUUUUUCAUGGGUAAGGAAUUCCGAAUGUCAAUCUGGAAGUUUUUUGCUCAUAAAAAUCAUAUUCAGUGUAGCCUUUGCAUGACCUGAAACUCUGUGACAAUAUAAAUUGCCGUUUUAGCUUUUAUUUUGCCCUAACUCGGUGAUCUCGGUGGGAGUCAAACCCACAACAGCAAGGCGAACGCUCGAGUACAGUCAACGCUCUAGCCACCUGAGCUACGAGGCCCCACAGGGAGCCGUGAGUUUAAUUACCUUUGGGUUAAGUUACCCGCCCAGCCUGCUGCGGCGUAUAGAAUCCACCAAAUCGGAUACAGUAAGCUGACUGCUCAAGCUGGAUAUCCUAAGUAGUCGAUCUAAAGUCAAUCAGACAACCAUCAGGCCCAAAAAACUUAUCAGCGUUUAAUCCGGUUGCCUGACUACCGCACCACAUUAUAUUUCUCUCCGUCUUACUCGUUUUAUCGACAAUUUCUAUGUGGACACCGCUUAGGUUAGUAAUUUAGAGCAUGCAACCUGAUCAUCAUCUUUAGCUUACGAUUGAAUUCUGAGCUUCGCCACAAAAGUUGAUUAAAGUUACUGCUAUCCUUCAGGUUUCGGCGCACGACUCGUCCUGGAAAUGAAACGCCUGGCUCCGAAAGACGCUAAAUUGCGCAUCUCCGCACCUCACGAACGUCUCUAUUCGACGUGGAUUGGUGGCUCAAUCCUUGCCUCUUUGGACACCUUCAAGCGCAUGUGGGUCUCAAAACGCGAAUACGAAACAGAAGGUGCACAAAUAUUGCAUAGGAAGUUCCUGUGA